AUGAGCUUCGGCCACCCCGACCCGGAGCCGGCGCGCUCCGGGUCUUCACACACUCCCCACGAAACAACCCCCCUCCUACAACACAUCCCGCCCGACCCCAUCUCCACCCCAUCCGCCACCGGCCCCCCCCAAGGCACUGAAGCCGAAACAGAAGCAGAACCACCACACUCUCCCGAACCCUCCGACGAAACCACGCUCCUCCCUAGCAGCAGCACCCUCACCCCCACCCGCCUCUGGCUAACCCUCUGCGCAACAUGGGUGGGCGUCUUCCUCGGCGCGGUGGACGCCUCCAUCAUGGCGACGCUGUCGGCGCCCAUCGCCAGCGAGUUCCGCUCGCUGAGCCUGCUGUCGUGGCUGGCCACCGCCUACCUGAUCGCCAACGCCACCUUCCAGCCGCUGUCGGGGCGCCUGACCGACAUUUUUGGCCGCGGCCCCGGGCUGGUGUUCAGCAAUGUCAUGUUUGGGGUGGGGAAUCUGGUGUGUGGUCUGGCGCGGGAUGAGACGGUGAUGAUUCUGGGGCGCGUGAUUGCGGGGAUUGGGGGUGGUGGGUUGAUGAGCAUUAGCACGUUUUUGGGGUCCGAUCUGGUGCCGUUGAAGAAGAGGGGGGUGGUGCAGGGGUUGGGGAAUAUUGCGUACGGGACGGGAGCGAUGAUGGGGGGUGUGUUGGGGGGUUUCAUCAACGAUACCUCGUCGUGGGGCUGGCGGUUGGCGUUCCUCAUCCAGGUGCCCGUUAUCGCAGCCUCGGGCCUGCUGGUGUGGUACCUCGUUGACGUCCCGCCCAAGGUCUCCAACAAGUCGUUGCUUGCGCGUAUAGAUUACGGCGGCUCCUUCCUGACCGUCGGCUUCCUCGUCCUGGUGCUGCUUGGUCUAAACGCCGGCGGCAACCUCUUGCCCUGGUCUGAUCCCCUGGUUCUGACCACCAUCCCCCUGGGCGUGACCAUGCUGGGUGCUUUGAUAUGGUGGGAGAGCAAGGCGAAGCAGCCUAUUGUCCCGGUCCGCUUGCUCCUUGACCGGACCGUUCUCAAUGCCUGCAUAACCAGCUUCCUGUGCACGAUGGUGAUGAUGAUGACCAUGUACUACAUACCGCUCUACCUCCAGGUUCUCGGUUAUUCCCCUACCCAAGCCGCUCUGCGCAUCCUAUCAUCCUCCCUUGGCGUCUCCUUCUCCUCCAUCGGUUGCGGCUUCAUCAUGAAAAAGACCGGGCGAUACGUUGGCCUCGGCAUCGCCACACUCCUGAUCUUCAACACCGCCAUCGCACUCAACACCACCCUCGACGAAAACGCCCCGGCCUGGAUCCCCUUCCUCUCCAUGAUCCUCCACGGCGUCGGCUACGGCGGCAUGCUGACGGUAACGCUGCUGGCGUGCAUAGCGGCAGUCGACCACACGCACCAGGCCGUCAUCACGUCCUCGACCUACCUCUUCCGCUCCGUGGGCGCCACCCUAGGCAUCACGGCCGCGUCGGCCGUGUACCAGAACAUACUCAAGGCGCGUCUGUGGGCGCGCUUUGGCCACCUGCCGGGCGCGGCCGAGGAGAUCGCGCGUAUUCGGGAUGAUCUGAGUGAGCUUACAAGGUUGCCCGAGGGCUGGCAUGACGGUGUGAUCCGGUCGUUUAUGGAGGCCUUUAGGGGCGUGUGGCUGCUUGCGCUGGCUUUGGCGGUGGCGGCGUUGGUCAGCAUUUCGUUCAUGAAGCAGCAUAAGUUGCAUUCGAAUCUGGCGCGGCAGGAGGAGUAA